AUGGCCUCCUCCUCCAGGAUGCUCACGGUGGUGGUGCUGGCGGCGCUGGUCGCCGGUGCGAUGUGCGCCGUGAGGGUGAAGUUGACGGUGGAGAAGGGGUCCGACAAAAAGAAGCUGGCGCUCAAGAUCGACUACACAAGGCCAGGCGACAGCCUGUCAGAGGUGGAGCUCCGGCAGCACGGCUCAGAGGAGUGGCAGCCGUUGACCAAGAAGGGCGACGUGUGGGAGGUCUCGUGCUCCAAGCCACUGGUUGGCCCCUUCAACUUCCGCUUCUUGUCCAAGAAUGGCAUGAAGAACGUCUUCGACGAGGUCUUCUCCACCGAUUUCAAGAUCGGCAAAACCUACCAACCAGAAUAUUGA